AUGUCGGAAAGGGUGCAGGUUGUGACGAGACACCUUUUGGCACCCAUCGCCGUCGCGGGCAGCGAGACUCCGGUUUACGAGCCGGGGGAGCAUUUUGGCAUCUUCCCUGAUUACGAGCACAAGUGGCCGUAUCCCGAAGUCGGUAUUAUGUCUGUCCAAGAAACCCCGUCGACGUUGUUUACGUCCUUUUUGGAACAAGCCGCGAAGAACUUCCCCGAGGUUCCUGCCUUGGCUGCUGAGAAACCGGUGCCGGCACUCGUCCGAACUGGCGAAGCUCCCUCGCUGCCUUGGGAGGCAUGGGCGAAGUGGACAUGGAAGGGCUACUACGAAGAUGCUUGCAAACUUGCAAAAGCUUUCAUACAGCUCGGCGUCCAACAGUUUGGGAGUGUGACGAUUUUUGGUUUCAAUGCUCCGGAGUGGAUGUUGAGUGCUCUCGCGGCCAUGCUUUGUGGCGGCAAAUACGUCGGCAUCUACUCCACCGAUACGCCGGAGCAGGUGCAGUACAAGGUCGACCACUCCAACGCAGCGGUCAUGGUGGUGGAUGGGGAGGUGGAGUUUGAGGCGACUGCGAAACAUGUCGAGGAAAUGCCUGAGCUGCGUGCCAUCGUGUGCUGGGGCAUGCCGGCGCGGGCUCAGCUCACCAGGAAAGACGGCAGCGUCUGCAAGGUCCUGACGUUCAAGGACUGCUUGGAGCUUGGCGCGUCGCAGAGCUCUGAUAGCCUGGCUUCCAGGAAGGAGGCAACGCGGCCUGGACACGCUAUGGGCAUCAUCUACACUUCCGGCACAACCGGCAACCCGAAAGCGGUCAUGGUGCACCAUGACGCAGCUGUCGCGAUCACAUCCAUGGCGAGCCAAGCCGAGACAGGUGCUUUUCAAGCAUAUCCAGCGCGGAUUUUGUCGUACCUUCCUCUCUCGCACGUCGCCGGCUCGAUGAUGGACAUGUGGUUUCCCAUCUUCAUGGCCGGCAGCAACCGAAAGUUGCACAGCACAAUCUAUUUUGCCCGUCCCUACGACCUGAAGGAGAUGACCCUGGCAGCCCGCAUCCAGUUUGUGCGGCCGACCGUCUUCCUCGGCGUUCCCCGUGUCUAUGAGAAAAUGCAAAGCCGGAUGAUGGCGGUUGCUUCGACCAUCACGGGUGUGAAGAAGUCGAUUGCCACAUGGGCCAAGGGAAAGGGGCUCGAGUACUGCAGAAACUUGCAGGCCGGCGGUUCAAAGGCGAAGCCUUUGUUCUUGACCAUUGCAGACAAGUUGAUCCUGUCCAAAGCUCGCGACGCAUUGGGUUUGGAUCAGUGCAAAAGCCUGAUCGUAGGUGCUGCUCCAAUUUCUGCAGACACACUGGAAUACUUUGGCCAGCUCGGCAUGAUGAUUCAGAACGUUUACGGUAUGAGCGAGUCCUCGGGACUUACCACAUGCUGCAUGCCAUCGUGGAAUGCCUUCGGCACCGUUGGCCAGGCUCUGCCCGGCAUCGAGGUAAAGUGCUUCAAGACCGGGCCAGGUGGAGAAAACAUCGAGGUGCCUCGAUGUCAACCCAGCGCCAAAGUGGUGCCUGAGGACUGCCAAGGUGAGAUUUGCUUCCGUGGCCGGCACAUUAUGAGUGGCUACAUGGCUAACCCCAGGUUCGGCGAGGCGCACGUCAAGGAAAUCAAGGAAAAAAACGAAAGCACCAUCGACAAAGAUGGCUGGCUGCACAGCGGCGACAAGGGCUGCAUGGACACCAACGGUGUCGUGCGGAUUACUGGGCGCUAUAAGGAGCUUAUCAUCGGUGCAGGCGGCGAGAACAUUGCACCUGUGCCGGUUGAGGACAAGAUCAAGCAACUAGCGCCGGCCCUCUCGAAC